GCACAACGGUUCAUCAUGAAUGCUGAGCUUGAACAGGUCCACAAAGUCUGGGAGCGUAUACGCGCCAACAGCCCUAUAUACGCAUUUCUACUAGGUGAUAUUGAUGUUUAUCACGCUGAGAAAGGUGUUUUUCGUGCGCGAAUCCGGGUCGCUCCUAAUCACCUGAACUCCAAAGGGUCUUUGCAUGGUGUUUUCUCUGCCUGUGUUACAGACUGGGCUGGAGGUUUGGCCAUCGCGUCCUGUGGCCUUGAAUCCACAGGCGUCAGCACAGACAUUCAUGUCAAUUACCUCUCUACCGCAACGACCGGGGAUUGGCUUGAGAUUGAAGGCCGUGCUGACAAAGUCGGGAAGACCCUUGGUUUUACAACAAUAACUAUUUUAAAAAAGGCGGGCUUGGGUGAAUUAACUAUUGUUGCCCAAGGGUCACACACAAAGUACAUAAAAGCCCGUUGA